GCAAUUUUAACUGAUGGUACAACAUUCUUUCAAGCAAACAUGGAUGAGCAGUGGAAUUUCAUGAUUAUUCCGCUGGACUUUUCAUUUAUGCCAGUCCGGGAUGCUCGACAGAUCCAGAAAUUCCGUCUUGCUGAACUGAACUACAUUGCUGCCGGUGAAAUAUGCCCAAUACCUCAUGAAUUGCCGCUCACUCUUCCAAAAUCUCUUCAGGCGCAAGCGUCCGAUCUACAAAUGAGCCGUCAUAUGGCGUUGCUUCUGGCAAGAAACGGCAAAGUCUAUUACGCUGGUGAUGGCACUCGUAUGGGCCUCCAGGGCUAA